AUGAGACACUGUGGGGACUGCACAACAAAAUGCAAUACGAAAUAUAAAACGUGCAUCUCCGGUACAUGUGAGGGCUAUGCAAAUGCAUCGAUUCGCUUGUCAUGGGAUAUAGCCGGUGAUGGUGAUCUCCUUGUGACAACUCCAAAUAAUGUAACAAUAUGGAGAAACAAUAGUGGACCGAGUAAUAUGACCGAUUUUGGUCAGUGGAUCUACGUUAAUGCAAAAAGGGAAACUGUUGUUUUCAACACCACCACAUAUUAUCGUCCAUCAAAUGGUACAUAUUAUAUCUGUUUUCAAACGUCUAAUUUCUCAAUGUAUAAUUCGACAACGUUAAAACGAAGUGUCACUGCUACGGUUCUAGUGCAAUCCCCGUUUCAAGCAGCUCAAACGAAUACAAAACUAUUCACAAAUACAACAACAUUAUUUGAAGACUGCAAUGAAUCAUACGAUUCUUUUUUGUACAAAUUUACCGGUUAUUUUUAUUGA